AUGGCAACAGCUGAAGCUGUGUCCAUGCCAGCAAUGCCUGCAUUGCAGUGUCCUAUCGUUGACGAUCCCAAUCAUCUGGUUAUGCUGCCCUAUCCACAGGACUGUCGCAAAUACUACACGUGUUCGAAUGGUCAGGCAUUUGAACGUCAAUGCCCCGAUAAUCUAUAUUGGAGCCAGCUGACCUAUCGCUGCGACUACAAGCCGUACUCCAAUUGCAACAAUUAUGAACCUUCAAAUUCUGGCAUUUUAUACAACACCGUGCCAGGAGAUUGCACACACUACUAUGAGACUCGACUGCUUAGCUGCCCCACCAACUAUCAUUGGAAUAAUCGCAACAAUCGUUGUGAUCCCCCACAGCUUGCAGGAUGCGAAUUAUCGCCAUUGCCCACACUGGCCCCAUUCAAUCCAAUUGCCCCUACGGCUGCUACUCCGCCUACACCUAAUUAUCAGCCCACCAUUUUGCCCAACUAUAAUAUACAUAUUGCUUUUGUAUCGGACGACAUGAAGCUUUUAUCGAUAUUUUUGAUAGCUUUUGUACUACAUAAACCAGCCUUCGCCCAGCUCAAGGUUGGCGCUUCGUUCAAAACACCUCUAUGUGAGGGUAAAAAUGGCAUACUUCUUCCCAUGUUCGGCAGCUGUCGUGGCUACUAUUUAUGUAACGAUGGCAGAGCCGUUGUUGGUAGCUGUGAUGACAACAGUCGAUUCAAUAUUCAAACACUACACUGCGAUGAUAAAAAUGAUGUGGACUGCAUUUAUGAAGCUAACGAUGAAGACGACGACGAAUCGGCAAGUGAUGCUUCAGAAGGCGAUCAGUCUGAAUCCGAGUCUGUAGAGGAGAUUGAAGAGCCGGUUUUUGUAAAACCAACCACCACAAAACCACCAGCUACUAAAUUCCCGAAGCCAGUUGUUGAAAACAAUAAUUUGAUUGAUAAACUAUGCAUCAACAAAAAAAAUGGCGCAUUGGUCCCCAAAGCGAACUCUUGUUCAGAAUACUAUAUGUGUAAAUCAAAGAAACCCAGACUACAAUACUGUCCAAAUCAGAAACAAUUUAGUCCCACGCGUCUUAGGUGCAUGUCGCCUGCGGCUGCCAAGUGUACCAUACGGCCAUCAACAGCAGUUGCGGAAGAGCCCAUAUCCAUGCCAGCCGUAACAGCAGGCUUCUGUUCAGAGGAAAAACAAGAUGCGCUCGUUCCUCACCGCUCUGAGUGCGGCAAGUUUUUGCUUUGCACAAAUAUGAUGUUCCUAGUAAUGGAUUGUCCAGAUGGGUUGCAUUUCAAUAAUGAGGCUAAGCGUUGCGACUAUCCAAAAAUUGCCAAGUGCCAACUUUCAUCUAAGAAACUCCAAAAAACAAAGCUAAAAUACCAAAAACAAGAAAAGAAACUGAACAGUUUUUGA